AUGAGUGGACCUCUCCUAUUAUCUCUGGGAAUUGAUCGAUUCCUUGCUUGCCAGUUCCCUGUGAUCUACCGUCAGCUUUGUUCGAGAUCUGUCAUCUACUUGCUCCUACAGCUGGCAGUCCCUAUUGGCUAUACCACAUAUAUCACUAUGUCAUCUUAUACCCAACGGGAUUCGGAGACUCUUGUUAUUUGUCAAGUUCCGUUGGCUUUGUCUGGCAGCUCGUUUGAGGAGUUUAAUACGGGAGGAUUCAUUAUUAAUGUUGGUGUGGUCAUCAUCUAUUUUGUCACUUUUCUCAAACUGAGAAGUCUUUCGGUGCAUGAAUCUCAACUAAAAGUAGUGUUCAAGUCUAUUCUCUACACAGUAAUUUUCGUGAUUCUCGGGUGGUGUACUGUAACGCUGGUGAACAUUUUGUGUAUUCAUUUGGUAGCGGAUAUCGAUUCGCAGCAUAUCAUGAUGAUCUACGCAGGAAUAAGUUUGAAUAUGGCGUGUGCAAGCAACGUUUUUGUGUUUUACAAGAUAAAUUCUGAUUAUCGAUCAGCUAUCCAAAAGCUAUUAGAAAUUAAGAUCCCUGAUAAAGUGUACCCGAUGACGAGUAUUAUUGGAAGUGUGACAAAUGGCGAUUUGCGGAAAUUUUGA